AUGGAUUCAAAACUCUUCGCAGUAUUCCCUAUAUCCCUCCCAAAGACAAUAUACCUCAUCGGUUCUCUCUCCUGGCUGCAACUCCUCUACGCAGCCUCCUACCUCGCACGACCGUUAUGGAACACGCAGUGCGAGUCUCCACCCUUCAACAGAGCCAUCAAUCGCACGGAAACGGGCAUUAUCGAUGCAAUCCUCGGCACUGUCCCACUGUCAGCCUAUAGUUCUGCAACAGCAACAGAGCGCCAGUGGUACCUUUCAUCAGGCAAUGGCGCUUUGAAUUACGAGAACAGCAUCCGCAGCACCUCCCAACCCAUCUCCAACUUGCUAGCCAGCUCACCUUGGCCAGAGAAGAGACAUCAAGACUCAGAUUCCUCAUCAGAGCAAGAAAGUCCCACCUCACGGCUGGGCACCGAACAUGCCCGAGAAACCUCCCCCGUCUACGAAACCGUGCGCAAGCUCCGAUCUAGCACACGAGGCAGCAUUUCAAAGAUUGCGAACUCGGCAAGAUCCAUCUUCCGACAGCCCCUGCCCGUUUUCCCACGGGAUAUGGACGGCUUGCCUUCAGACGAGGAACGGACAGAAGCACACCUGGUUACAGUGCGCGCUUCGCAGCCUCAGCUCAUCCAGAACGUGUCUGCCCCCGUCCCCAUGUCUGCGUCUGCGCGUGUUGCAGAUCACUUCAGUGAUCCUGGCCCGGCGACAGGAGUCAAAGUGCAGCAGCCAGUCUCUUUUGGGGCGACCAUUGAUUCUGAGACGGUGCAGAUGAAUCGCACGAGCAAAUAUCACUCUGUCGAGAGUUAUCCGGGGAAGUUCCCUGUUAGUGAUGCGUUGGAUUAUAGCUCGCUUGCUACCGCUCACGCCGUUAGAGGGAAGGGGACUACCUCUGUUCGACCUUUUUCGGACUACUAG